AUGGCGGUCGGGGACGCGCUGCGACGGCUGUGCGAGGAGAUUGGGUGGUCCUACGCCGUCUUCUGGAAGGCCAUCGGCGCCGCCGACCCUGUGCAUUUGGUGCGGGAGGACGGCUACUGUGGCCACACGUCAUGCCCUGUCGGAUCUGAGCCUUCUGAAUCUCUGCCCAGCGACGCCGCCGGGUGCUCUGUUCCUGCUGCUGACACCAUCUGCUCGCUUGUUAACAACGUUAUGGCGUCACAGGUUCAUGUCGUCGGACAAGGGAUCGUAGGCCGUGCCGCGUUCAGUGGCAAUCACCAAUGGAUCGUCCACGGUACUGCCAAUGGUCACGGGCUCUCCUCCGAGGUUGCUGCUGAGAUGAACAAUCAGUUCAGAGUUGGCAUCCAGACUAUUGCGAUCAUUCCUGUGCUGCCACGGGGUGUCCUACAAUUAGGCUCUACUGGUUUGGUAAGGCCACAAAGCUCUAGAUCAUGCUAG